CAGCUCAUUCCAAUUGAUCGAUUGGUCAGCGCUAGCGCGCAUGUCUGUCGUCUGUCUAGUAUUUUCAUGUCGUCUGCAGUCCGCUGCAUGACGUUUCGGCUGUAGCAGAUUCAUUAUGGCAGCACUUUUCGCUCGGUUUCAGGAAGAAUAUUGAAGCCUGCGCCACAUCACCGCACCCUUGAGCAAGCGACCCCCAAAUGUCGUGCUCCAACAUGUUUGCGGACAAGGACAAGGGUGUCAUCGAUGACAGCAUCAGCCCCGAGGAUUACAAAAAUUUCAUGAUGCAAGACUUACAAUUGGCUGCUGAGCUUGGCAAGACUUUGCUGGAGCGCAACAAAGAGUUGGAGAGCACCCUGAGAAAAAAACAAAUUCUCGUAGAUGACCAAGCUCAAGAAAUAGAGUAUUUGACUAAACAAACGGCGGCACUGCGUGAGGUGAACAACUCCAGACUGAGGAUUUAUGAGCAGCUAGAGGUUAGCAUUCAGGAGCUUGAAAAGAACAAUCAACGGCUGUCAUUUGAAAGUUCGACGGACAAAAAGAAAAUCAAAAGCUUGUGCCACAGUAUUGACUCUUUGGAAGCUCGUUGCGAGGAGCUAACACGACAAUUAGAAGAAAAGCAAACGUCUGAGGGUUCCAAACCUAAAUCUAAUGGGAAUGCUCCAGUACCGGGAGUUACGUCAACCACCAACCAAGAAACCUGUGAGAACGAUAAUGCCGAGGAACAAGAUUUGGCAAUGCAGUUGGCUAUGCUCAAAGCGCAGAAGACAAAAGAACAGAAAAGAGCCGACGAACUUGAAGAGCAGCUGAUGAACCUAAUUCAAGAAAAUGCUACUUUGGAAGAGCAUAUUGCAAAUUUCAAAAUGAGGGAAGAACAGCUUAGGUCAUUUGAAGAGGAGGUUGCAUCGUUACAAUUCAAUCAAAUCUGCAUGCGCUGUAGCCGCAAAGGUGUAGCAGGUGUGAGCACUGCUGCAUCUUCAGUCAUCGACGAUGAUAUUUCCAGCUCCAUUGUCGAGGAAGAGAGCAAUUUUGAUGACACAGAUGCGGAUACCGACGUCCAAUCGAUAGCCUCUGAAACGCAUAACACUAUACUUUCGGAUAGCCCCUACAGAGUUUUGGUUGAAAAGUACGAAGCUCUUUUGAGCAUUCAAAGAAGGCCAUCUCGGCAUUCAGAUACACCAUCAACAAUCACCACCGUGCUUGGCAGCAAAAUGCGCAACUCGCCUAUUCCACCUCAAGACACAGGAGGAUGCCUUUCACUUCAGGAAGAAUUGCAGUUAUCGGAGGAGAUUGGUGCCAAUGGUCCUGCAUCUCUUGGACUUGAAGAAUUUAGCAAAGUUGAGGAAGGCGAACCUAGCAAUGCCACUGAUCAUGUUUACUUCUCCAAAUCAGAUACAGAGGCUACGUCCACUACCAGUGCUUUUGAUAAUGGGCAUCUCAACCAACUUCAAGACAAAGCCAUCCAGACUGACCUCAUGUCGGGUGGAGGUAAACUGUUAUGGUCAAUCUCCGCUCCUGGUGGAGGGCCCUCGGACUGUAUUGUGCAUGUUUAUGAUGAAAGCGCCGACCCUAUGGAGAGCCGCUUUCAGCAGGCACCUGAAUACAAGGAACUCUUCAGUGAGAUUUUCUCUGUUCUUAAGAAAUCUGUUGGUAAAUCAGCGGCUGCAAGUGAUUCCAAAGCUGCCCCUGCAGAAAAACGCCAACGUAGCCCCGACCCUCAGAUCAGCGGCAUGGCUGAAAACAAAGAUGAUGAGGCUGGAAAAAUUGAGGUGAUAAAUCGAGACGAUGCGCCUAGCCCAAGCAGCAUCCUUUCUUUGGCAAGUGGCAGCAAGCGCAAGACUCGGCGUGCCAAGAAUCGCUCCAAGGCUGAACGGAAGGCAGAGCAGCUGCGCCGAAAGGUUUUGGCUCUCACCCCUGAGCAGCUCAGUCAUGAAAAGGCAGGUGCUGCGGCCGCCGAGGCUGGACUUCCUCAACCUCUGCCGCCGCACAUGAAGAGGGAUCCGUCUCCUGCCUCAUCUGAACGCUCCGACAGCAGCCGUCGAGGACGUCACUGGGUGAGGCGGAACCGGCCAAUGAAUCCGACAAACUUGAUGCCUUGGACCCGCUAUCAGAAGAGCCAACAGCAGCCACAACAGCAAAAACAGGUGCAUUCCCCGCAGCAGCAGCAACAACAACAGCAUAUGCAGAAUCAGCAGCACUUCCCCCAACAUCCGCAAAACCAACACCACUAUCCGCAGCAUUCCCAAAGCCAACAACACUAUCCGCAGCAUCAACAGGCCCAGCAGCAUUAUCCACAACAUUCGAAUGUGCAACAGCAUUAUCCACAACAUCAGCAGCAGUACUACCAUUUUCCGACAGAAAAUGCAGCUCGCCCAUCUUUAAUUGGAUCUCCCAGCAGCUCUGCAGAACCUGCCAGUAAGCCUCCCCCUGUAGGUUUUACGAGUAUGGCUUCUGCUGAUGUAGCGCGUCUCAAGAAUCUGGAAAAGAGUUAUGCUGAGGUGCUGCGCGCCGGAAUGAACGCCAAGCAUCGCAGAAUGUAAAAGACUGUUUCGGCAAGUUUUUAUUCUUGUAGUGAUCAUUUCCAAGAGUCAUAGAAAGACAAAGGGCAAUUUUUUUUUUUUUUUUAAUUUUGAAGCCAAUCAUUUUUUUUCCCAAAAGAUAAUAUUUAGAGCAGGCCUCCCCUUGAUGAAGAGAUUUGUAUCUCACGCAGGCGUUGGUAGCAGAAAAAAAUUUGCUUUAAUCCGGCCGACCUUCUCUUGAUAUUCGGCCAUAGCCCUGAUUUGCAAGCAACAGACGAUAGGCUAUUCAGCUUUAAAUUUAAGACAAAACAGGAGCUCACUGUUAACUUAGCAUAUAGUUGUGAUUUUAAUUUUAUUCAUUGAUUUCGGGUACCUGUUUUUGGCUUUUGUGUGAUGUUUACGGAUUGAAAUUAUGAAUUUGCUACUAUUAUUAUACUGAGCUGAUACUUAACCCGUCUGGGAUUUUUGGAUCUAGUAUCUAGUCAUAGCUAUCUCGAGUAUGGGUCUCAGAUUGUUUUCGAUUAAUGCAUCUGGUAAGCUUCUGAAACGAAAAAAUGAAGCUGUGGUCUUGAACCCUCGAUACGUUUGUGUUAAUAGUUAUGUGAACUUUUUAAAUGUUUUUUAUUUUAUAUAAUGCAGCAACUUAGGUAUUAUAUUAUUUCUGCAAGAUUCAUUCUCAACAUCCGCAAAUGCAAACAAGGAUGCGCCAUGAGAGCCAUAAUUGAAAAGAGCGAAUGUUUACAAGCCAAAUAAUAUCUAAAGUUAAUAAGUUGAGAAGUUUCGUGGUUGAGCACUCUUUAAAAUAAUUGUAUUUUGAGUUGAUUAAUUAAAACCUUGACCAUUUUAGAACUACUUCAGUUCUCUGCUCAAAGCUUCCGGGAAAGCAUCUGACGAGCAAAAAAGGCUCUCAAAAUGCCACAAGAUAUUUUGUUAUUUAAUUAUCCAAUGUUAAGCACACUCCCUUUCCUCCGCGCCUGCCUUGAGCAGAAGCCUCCCAUAUAUCUCCAGCCAAAUUGACCUAAUUCACUGAGCAGCGCCUCCCAUAUUGAGAAUAAAAUAUUAUGCGCCCGUAUGCGACUAUGCGCUAGUGGAAAAAAUCAGUCUGUCAUCUUAUUAAACUUGACUAUAUAUCAUGUUUCCCCAAAGAGAUUUUUUAUUUCCAGCUUGAUUAAAUAUAAUAAUAUUAUCACAAGACUUGUUGUCUGUCAAUGCCAUAUAAGAAAAGCUCCCCCCUCUUAAGGUGAAUAGAUGAGUACUGGUAAUUAAAUUCAUGAUUGUCUUGAUCACAAUGGCUGUUUAUGUUCAACACAAAAAUUACGCAGGUUUACUAUCCAAUGAAAUUUCAAAACCUGCACCUAUGUUUUUAAGUGUUGCCAUUUUUACAUUCUCAGUAUUUUUACUGCAUCGAUGAAACAUUUCUUCGGAAUCAGGAAUUUGAAUAAUAUUAUAAAAUUAUGUUGUUACUGUAUGGAAACAACUUUUUGUCCCUCUAUUAUGACACGACGCUCUGUGACGAAUAAACAAUUUAAUUGUAACUGCUUGA